AUGCCAAUGACGACGAUGCCGGCCCGGCCCGCCUCAGCCAGACGCUCGGUCUGCAUCCGACGACUUCACUUCAAGUACAUUAGCCCCGGCUCGCUACACGAGGACAUGUUGCUCGACUUCAUCGACCCGUCGUUUCGCUACCACAACGACUCGGACGCCUCCAAGUUCUGCCCUGUCGCCGAAGGUGUGACGUUCUUGGCGCGUUUAGACAGUGCGGGCGGUGGAGAAAGUGAAAAUAGCGACGCCGAAGCCGUUCAGCGGUUGGUGCGGCCGCACGAAACCGGGUUGGUGGAUCUGUACUUUCGCAUCGUGCACCCCAGCCACCCGAUCCUGCACAAGGGCGUGUUCCUGGAGAGGUACCGGCGCAUGGACCGAGUGAUCUUCCUGCCGGUGCCGUUGCUGGCGGCCGUGUACCUGCUGGCAAUGGACUGGUGGGACUACGACCAGGCACCCCUGGCUAGAUAUAGAACGUUCUUGAACAGUAGGUGA